GAGAGUAAGCAAAUGGAGACGAUGAUAAUAACAGAAACCAUAAGCAAGAAAAGCCAAUAAAAGGAGGAAAAAAAGGGCAAAUUAUGUGGUUCCAGGCUUGCAAACCAAUCCUCCAGUAAGGAAUCGUUUACAAAAAGUAAUGGGUUUGCUUCAAAGCCAACCGAAUCUCACUCCUUUCCUCGCCUCCUCAUACUUCCCCCCAUUGCUUCUCUCUCUCUCUCUCUCUCUCUCUAUCCAUCUCUAUUUAUAUACUCUUACUAUACUUCCAUGAUUGCAAACUCACCAACAUAAUUCAGAUUAUCAAACUUCUUUACACGUUUCAUGGAUGUUCAACAUGCAAUGCCUUCUGAGGAGCUCGCUCUUUUCAUCAAACACAAACGCAACAAGCGUCAACGCUCACCUUCUCCUCUCAGGUUACCCGUCACUUCUAGCUCCUCCAGCGGCGGAGACACCGGUGCUGAACCACUUCAAAGAAUUGACAAUAACAAUAUGUCUUAUUCAUCAACCACGAUCACCUCCAUUCAAAGUUCUGGUGCAGAUGAAGAGGACAUGGCUAAUUGUUUGAUUCUUUUAGCUCAAGGUAGCCUCCAUAGCCGGACUCGAAAAACACCCGAGACUGCACCUGCUGGUAAUAACAAGGUGUCUGGGUCGUCGCAGCUUUAUGAGUGCAAGACUUGUAACCGGUUCUUUUCUUCGUUUCAAGCUCUUGGUGGACAUAGAGCGAGUCACAAGAAACCCCACAAUAAAUCUAACAACGAAGAGAAGAAAGAGAUACAAGACAAGGAUGAUCAACUGCUUAAAAAUACGAGCACAGCCCUUUCAUUGCAGAUAUUGCCAAAUAGAUCAGCUUUAUAUGGUAGCCGUAAUAUCAAAUCUAACAAGGUUCAUGAGUGUUCUAUAUGCGGGGCAGGGUUCUCUUCUGGCCAGGCCUUAGGCGGUCAUAUGAGGCGGCACAGGGGGGCGUUCGCUACUACUUCAACCACUAAGAUGACAGCGAGGACGAAUAUGAGCUUGGUUACAAGUAGUUCUGAAUCUCAAGAAUCAAAGAAGCCAAGAAAUAGUCUACAGUUUGACCUAAAUCUUCCUGCUGCACCAGAAGAUGAUCUCCCAGAAUCGAAUUUUCACUUUGCUUCCGAGAAACAAGUUCUUGUUUUCUCGGCGUCUUCUUUGGUAGAUUGCCAUUACUGAUUAACAUUGCGAUAACAACUACCCUUUUCUUUUUUCAUUAUAUUAUUCUUUUAAAAGUGGAAUUAUUUUACUCCACAACUCAAUGUGAAUUAAUGAUUAACUCCAUUUUCACUAAUAUAAUCCAAUUAUUAGUUCAUUUUAUUUUUCAAUUAUGACAUAAAUUUAUGGGUAUUGGGUUAUUGAAUUAGAUAUAUAAAAAAAGAAGAAAAUAUAGAAGUAAAUCCCGUUUGGAGUGAGAGAAAAACAAGUGAGAAAGUGAGAAGGAAAAUAAAGAUGGGCAUGAUGAGUUUGUCACCACCAAUUGAAGAACCGAAAGUGGUGGAUUAGGUUUUUUCUCCUGUUUCACAAGGAAGAAAGCUAAAAAAGCUCAUCUCUCUGUCAGUGAGUCUGUUUCAGUAAUAAUAUGACCAAAAAUAAAUAAAUAAAUAAAAUAAAUGUAAAAAUAAACGGAUGGCAAGCAAAAGCCAG